AUGAUCUCAGAAACCAUUCGCCGGGUGAAUGGCUACGAGCACGAUGCGUACACCUACUAUCCUGUCGUCAUAGUCGGCGCUGGGGCUUCUGGUAUCGCCAUGGCUUGUCAGCUGAAGCAGCAGCUUGGAUUUGACCAAUUCCGCAUAUUCGAAAGACAAGCUGGUAUCGGAGGGACGUGGUGGAUCAACAGAUACCCUGGUGUUGCUUGCGAUGUCCCUGCAGUCUUCUACUCCUUUUCGUUCGCACAAAACCCCGAAUGGAGCUCGUUCCACCCUCCUGGCCGCGAGAUCGUCAAGUACUACCACGAAGUAUGUCAGAACUACCGGAUAACGGAUAAGAUCGAAUGCAACACAGAUGUCGAGGGGUGCAGAUGGCUAGACAACGAACAGCUGUGGGAAGUUACAAUACGUCGCAUGGCAGCGGGCAUGGGAGACUUGUCGUCAAAGGACCGCGCGAAGGUUGUCGAAGAGAAGGGAGAGCACGCAGUGUACUCCGAGACUGAGAUCGUCAAGGCGAAGGUUGUCAUCAGUUGUGUGGGCGGCUUGGUCGAACCCCGAGGCUGGCCUGAUGAGAUUCCUGGUCUCGAGAAAUUCAAGGGCAAGGUCUUCCACUCUGCUCGGUGGGACGAGACGGUCGACUUUCAGGACAAGAAUGUGGUCGUCGUUGGUACGGGAUGCAGCUCUGCGCAGAUCGUCCCACGACUGCCCAAUGCUCCGUACAACGCAAGGUCGGUCACUCAGCUUAUGCGAUCUCCACCAUGGGUCGUACCUGCAGUGAGCACUCCAGGAGGUGACGAGUGGUGGGAGAAGAAUAGCCCAAAGAUCAUGAAAGCCAUUCCUGGGCUGAAGGAGCUCCUUCGGUUCGCGGUCUUCAUCGGUGCUGAAGGAGAAUUUCUGAAGCUGUUCCCCAACACUCCAUAUGCAGAGAAGCACCGCAAGCUCUACGAAGAGAGGAUCUUGGCGUGGGUAAAGAAGACAGCACCUGAGAAGUACCUGGAGAUCCUAACGCCGGACUAUGGAGUCGGCUGCAAGAGAAGGAUCUUCGACAAGCGCUGGCUCAAGAGCUUGAACGACCCAAAGAUCGAACUUACCACCAUGCCACUUACGAGACUGACAGAAAGCGGUGUUGUUCUCGGGCCAGGGGCUACAUAUCCACAGAACGCAAAAGAGGAGGACUACCCUGAACGAGAGGUCCCUGCAGAUAUCAUCGUCCUGGCAAACGGGUUCGACACCACACGUUGGCUUCAUCCUUUGAAGGUGAUGGGCAAGGAAGGCAAGGAUUUGGUUGAGCUCAUGGAAGAGCGAGGAGGAGCUCAGGCGUACCAGGGCACUGCUAUGGACGGCUUCCCCAACAUGUUCCUGAUUUUUGGACCCAACACCGCGACAGGCCAUUCAUCAGUCGUCAUGGCUAGCGAAAACAUGGUCAACUAUAGUUUGAAAUUCAUCAAGCUCGUACUCAACGGCGAAGCGAGUACUGUGGAUGUCAAGAAGGAAGCUGAGAUUGCGUACACCAAUGAGAUGCAGGAGGCUCUCAAGAACACUGUCUGGCGAAGUGGAUGCUCGUCUUGGUACUACACCAAAGACGGGUGGAAUUCGACUGUCUACCCGUACACUCAGGUCGACUUCUGGCGUCGAUGUGCGUUUCCCAAGUACAACGACUGGAACAUCGCAUACACAAGAAAGGGCAUAUGGAAGAGCAGAAGGACAAGAGCACUGCGGAUGCUGAGUGUCACUCUGGCCAUCAUUGGUGUCUACCGUUGGCGUAAGAGUGGGCUGGGUCUGAGGAAUUUGAGAGAAAUGCUACAGGGGGUUCUCCAGGCCGUGCUGGCUACAGCGGUGCAGGCUUGUACAGUACUGAAGAGCCAGGCACACCUUUGA